AUGGUAAAGCUAAAGAAGGGCUCCAAACGUCAGGAGCUAUCCAGAAAGUAUAACAUUCAACGAAUGGUAGCUGCUCACAAAAAAAAAAUGCGGAGAAUAGCAAAGAAAGGGGAGAAAACAACGCCACGGAUUAAGCCACCUCAAAUCCCAAACUGCAUCUUUAAGCGUGAAGUGUUGGAAAACAUCAAACGUACCAAGCAGAUUAAUGACAAGCACGCGCAUAAAAGCAAAGACAAACAAACUGCUAUAUGA